CGAACGUUGUGAUUGGUCGAUGCAAAAUCGCUCUAUGACACGAAAGCGUGAACUUCCGAAAUUCCGACUUUUUGGAGAUAUUUGAAUUUUGAUCAGCUAUGGAGAAAGUUGCGUGUGAUGUCCACGAUGGAGUGUGCAUGCUUAAGACUGGCGUUAAAGAUGGACCUAACCAAGGCAAAAGCUUCUACGUCUGUGUGGACAACCGUGGAUGUGACUUCACUAAAGCAACCAGCAUUUCACCAUCCCACUGCAUCAUUCAUGAAGACGCUAUGGUUGAGCUCCAAGCGUUGACCUACAGCAAGAAGCAAGAGUGCUACAGCUUGUACUACCGGUGCAUUGUGGGUAAAAAAGUAGGGGACCGAUGGUGUGGAAACGUGCCUUGGACUGUGCCUGAGAAGGAGAAACAGAAUGACAAACAGGCACAAGCUUCCUGCCUGCCAACAGUGCGAAACCCCUUCAAGGCUCCAGAAAAAGUGGACCAAGAAUCAGAAUGGAGGAAGAUGCAAAAAGAGAGUGAGAGCAAAGACAAAAUUGAGAAGAAAAGUAAAGGAGAAGAAGGCGAAGAUGAGAAGGAAGUUCGGCCUGUCACUGAUGAAAUGUACAAAGGUAAACGUCUUCCAGCAGGGAUGAAACUGAAGAAAAUAUCUGUCGAUAAAAAACCUCCAUUGAACACUUCUGCACCCAAAAGUAAUAUAGUAACAUCUGACAUAUCCACGUCUGUGCCCAAAAGGGACAUGGGCACCAACAGUGUUGCUACUUACUUGCUCAAAAGUGAAACGGUCUCUUCUGGUGUAUCCAUGCUCUUUCCCAAAACUGAAACAGAUGAGUGUGCAGCUUUAUCUGUACCCAAAAGCAACACGGCCCCCUCCAAUGGUAGACAUCUUCCAGCAGGGAUGAAGCUGAAGAAAAUAACUGUGGACACAAAAUCCAGGUCUGUGCCCAAAAAUACCUCUGUGGCCUCCAACGUAUCCGUGUCUGCACCCGAAACAGACAGGGCCACAUCCGGAACUUCCGUAGCAACAGCAAAAAGCUCUACGUUGGUGGCCAAAAAUGACAUGGCCAUCUCUGAAGGCUCUGUGUCUGUGCCCAAAAGUGAAAUUGUCACUUCCAGAGGUUCAGCAGCAACAGACCUGCUCCCUACCUCUGUGCCAAAACACGAUAUGGCCGCCUCUAGCGUCUCUGUAUCAAUGCCCAAAAGUGACAUGAGCACCUCCAACGAAUCCAUAGCAACAGCAAGGACCUCUACGUCAAUGCCCAAACCUGAAGUGAUCACCUCCAGAAAUUCUGACAACAACACACAAUGGAGACCCCGUCAAAGCAAACAGUACCAAGAUGAUGAUGAUGACGACGACUUGGUGCUGGUGGCUGUGAAGCCCCCUCAAAACACCCGCCAGAUCCCCGUUGCCGCCAUCCAGAAGUCCCUGACCUCCUACCCUGGCUUUCAGCCUGCUUCCAAUACGAAAGGUUCGACGAAGAACACCCACGGGAUGCAUGAUUUGCUUUCCACUCAACUCCAACAGAAAAAGGACAUCAUAUCGAAGUUGAACAUGGCAGCGCUGCCUGACAAAGGCGAGCGUCUGAGGGCUCAGGUCCGAGAACUGGAGGCGGCGCUGGGGUCUCUCAACCUCGAGCCCUCGGACGACACACCGCCCAGCAGCAUGGAAGCGAAGCCCAUCGGGCGCCCGGGUGGCACUAUCCUGAUCACUGCCCCGCCGCCCCAACAACAACAACAACCCAACCGAGGAUUCUUCCAAGAGAAUGAGGCCUUGUAUGGCGGGAGAAUGACUGAUAGCCGUCUAUUGGCGGUGAAGAACGCCACAUGCGAGGCCAUCGACCACCUUCACAAGUCGUUAGAGUCUCGCCCAGCCGCAGAAGCGGAGACUCCAGACCCUAAAGGACUCAAGGUGUCCCUGUUGGCACACCAGAGGCAAGCGCUGGCCUGGCUGGUCUGGAGGGAAACCCAGAAGCCAUGCGGAGGCAUUUUAGCGGAUGACAUGGGCUUGGGAAAAACGCUCACCAUGAUCGCGCUCAUACUGGCACAGAAGAGGAAGGCGAAGAUGGAAGAAGAUAAGGAGGAGAAAGAGGAAGGCUGGUUCUCAAAAACUGGUAACAAAGCAGAUUGCCGAGUGGUGCCGUCCAAAGGCACCCUGGUCAUCUGCCCGGCCUCUCUGGUCCACCACUGGAAGAAAGAGAUCGAGCGACAUGUCAAGGCGGCCCGGCUCAGCGUCUACCUAUACCACGGACCCGACCGGAACAAAAACGCCAGAGUGCUGGCCCAACACGACGUGGUGGUGACCACAUACAGUUUGGUCUCCAGGGAAGCACCCGGCCUGAAAGAGGCGGACAAAGCUGAUGAUGAAGCAAGUGAUGAGCCAGCACCACCAGGCGGGUCCCCCCUUCUACGAGUGAUGUGGGCCCGUGUCAUUUUGGACGAGGCGCAUAACAUCAAGAACCCCAAGGUGCAGCAGUCCAAGGCCGUGUGUCAUCUGAGGGCGGCAGCCCGAUGGGCCAUGACCGGCACACCCAUCCAGAAUAAUUUAUUGGACAUGUACUCCUUGCUUAAGUUUCUGCGUUGCUCCCCUUUCGACGAGUACAAAUUAUGGAAGGCGCAGGUGGACAACAACUCCAAGCGCGGCAGGGAGCGACUUGACAUCCUGACGAGGACUCUGCUGCUGCGACGAACCAAAGACCAGAAAGAUUCUCAUGGAAAAGCGCUGGUGGUUCUUCCUAAACGGACCUGCAAGGUGCAUCAUCUUAAACUGUCCAAGGACGAGCAGGCGGUCUACGACGUAGUCUUUGCUCAAUCCAGAUCAACUCUGCAGAACUACCUGAAGAGGCACGAAGGGAACGAUGUGAAGCAAUCGAGCCCUUCCAUGUCUAAUCCCUUUGAGCAAGUGUCAAAAGAGUUUGGUUUGUCACAGUCAGACCUGCCAGUGUCCUCUUCGCAGCAACCUCCGCAGGCUGCCAGCACUGCCCACAUCCUGUCAUUGCUCCUGCGUCUGCGACAGUGCUGCUGCCACCUAUCAUUGCUUCAAAAGACGCUGGACUCAUCAGAGCUGCAAGGUGAUGAUGUGGUCCUGACCCUGGAAGAGCAGCUCAACGCUCUGUCCCUCACAUCCGGACCCUCGACGUCAGACGAUGCCGAGGCCAUGGUGGCCCUGAACGGGACGCGGUUCCCCUCCCGGCUUUUUGAGGAGAGUGGUAUGAGCACCAAGAUUUCUGCUGUGGUCUUUGAGCUGGAGGCAAUCCGCGCCAAGGAUGACAACCAGAAAAGCGUGAUCGUUUCACAGUGGACCAGUAUGCUCGACAUCGUUGCCUACCAUCUGCGGCUGAUGGGUCUGCAGUAUGGCCUGAUCUCCGGGGCCGUCAACCCCAAACGCCGCAUUGACCUAGUGGAGGAAUUCAACAACAAUAACCCCGAAGGAAUACAGGUCAUGCUGGUGUCUCUCUGUGCCGGUGGAGUCGGCCUCAACCUAGUAGGUGGGAACCAUCUCUUCCUCAUGGACAUGCACUGGAACCCAGCCUUAGAGGACCAAGCAUGCGACCGAAUCUAUCGAGUGGGACAGAAGCGAGACGUCACCAUCCACAGGUUCGUGUGCGAGGGCACGGUGGAGCAGAAGAUCUCCACACUGCAGGCAAAGAAGCAGCAGCUGGCCCAGAGCGUGCUGUCGGGAACUGGCAGUGCCGUCGCCAAGCUCUCCCUGGCAGACCUCAAGAUCAUUUUUGGCGUUUGAAGUCUUAAAAAACCCAACUAAAAUUGUGUUUUUGUUGUUUCUCAACCUUAAACGAGCAUUUUCUAUUUCUUAAAAAAAUUAGACCUACCAACAUUUUUUUAUUUUGUUUGAUUGUUAAAGGACUACGUAAGUGUUGCAUCACGCAGAAUUUGGAUACGAUUCAACUGUCGACCACUAUAUGGCAGCACACUUUAGUUUGAGACUUCAAAUCCAAAGAUUGUAAAGAAAAUAUUUCCGAAUCGUGACACUAUAGGAUGGCACCAAAGUACUACCUUUCUCGCUUUAUUAUACAUCAAUCCUUGUUUUGUUUUUUUUAGUACAGUGUUUGCACUUAUUUACUGUAAAAAUGACCGGGAAAACAUCAUUAAAAUUAAGAUUUGAGU